AUGGCGGGAACAACAGGCUUCUUCCACCACAUCGGUACCUUCCUACUCUUCGCAGCGACCGUCCUCCUCGUCAUCACAUGCAUCACCGCGCCGGUGGUCAACGACCUCUCCCUUCUCAAGGUCGAACUCGGGGGUAACGACCGCUCAACCGUAUCGUUUGGCACAUUUGGUUACUGCCAGAACAAUGUCGAUGGCCGCGACAUAUGCUCCGACUCGCGCGUCGGCUACUCGCCCGCGGCGCUCAUGGCGGCCAUCGACGGCACGCAGUUCUCCGACUACGCCGAGGACACGACGCGGUCGCUGACCAAGGCCAUGAUCCUGCACCCGAUCGCGUGCGGCAUCAACUUCAUCGCCUUCCUGCUGGCCCUCGGCGCCGGCAUGAUCGGCUCGCUGCUGGCCUCGCUCGUCGCGCUGCUGGCCUUCCUGACGACCGCCGUCGCCUGCGUCAUCGACUUUGUGCUCUUCAGCAUCGUCAAGUCCAACGUCAACGACCGCGGCCACACCACCGGCACCGGCGCCUACUACGGAGCCGGCGCGUGGACCACCCUCGUCUCGGCCAUCUGCUCGCUCAUUGGCGCCGUCGUGGUCUUUUUCACCUGCUGCUCCGCCAGGCUGCACCGUCGCCGGGGGCUUGCGGCGAAGAGCGAUUAUGGGGCGCCUGCGAGGAGGGGCAGGUUUUGGUAA